AUGGAUGAAAUAAUGAAAUUACAGAAGAAAAACAAACAAUAAAAUCAAGAGUUGAAUUUAUUAUGGCAAAAAUUAAUGGAAUUGCAAUUCUUAUUUGUAAAAUUAUAAUAAUUCAUUUAGUAAUAAAGAAAUAAUUGUUCAAAGCAAAGUAAAGAAAAUAGAUUUACGUUUUAAGUGUUUUUAAGUAUUUUUCCAUUUCUGUAUUUGCAUGAUGUUUUGAAAUUAAGACUUUUGAAUAGCUAUAUGAAAGAAAUAAUAACAAAUUAUUUACUAUAUUAUCGGUUUUAGCAAUUGAAUAUAAUUUCAUUAUUAGAUAUUGAAAUUUAAUAAGAGAAAGAGAAACUGCCAAUAUUAUAUUAUUAAAUUUUAGAGAAAUUGAUAAAAAAAUCAUCAAUAUAUGCUUAAGAUCUAAUUAAGUUAAAUAAUAGAGGAAUAAAAUAGGUGCCAACUUAUAAUCCUUUAUUAGUUAUGCAAGUUGCAUAAUGUGAGGGUAUAGAACUCUAUAAAAUAAUACCAGAAGAAUUAAUUUAAAUGAAAAAUUAUCUAAUAUUUCUUGAUUUUAGUAAAUAUACAGAUUAGAAAAAAAUAAAAUUAUUAGAAUUUUAUGAAGAGAAAUUACUAUCAGCAGAUUAAAUGGAAUAAUAAAUGAAUUAUAAUGAUAGAUCAGAACUCAUUUUUUGGAGAUUGGCUAAAAUGUGGUUGAAAUAGACAUACUAUAAAAGCACAUAUAAUUAAUUUAGAUUAAUCAUGAUACUUAUAAAAAAGAAAGAGAAAUUAAAAUAAUUGGUUAGAUAAUUGAAAUAGCUGAAGAAGAAGAAGGAAAAGAAAAGAGAAUAGCCUGAAUGA